GUGAGACGGGAGUUGACAGCAGAAGAGCAACAUGAAGUCCAACCAGGAGCGGAGUAACGAGAGUUUGCCCCCCAAAAAACGGGAAAUUCUGGCCCUGGAAGAGAAGGCUGUGGUAGUGGCAGCAUCUGCCAGCGAGAGCCAGAGAGGGGGAAACCUGGCGUGGCUCGCGAGUGUGGCCAGUGGGCAGAGCACUGGAGGGCAGUACGACGGACCCCAGCACAAACCCAUCUCCUCAGCCACGGAGUACUCCUCUUCCUCCUGCUCUUCACCCUCCUCGUCCUCCCUCUCCAGAGUUGCAGUGGCUGGAACGGCGUUGACCACUCUCCCUGCGAUUUACUCUUCGCCUCUCUCUCAACCUGCCGGGACCAUCCAGUAUGCCCAACUGCCUCCCAAUGUGCAGUUCAUCAGCCCAGCCUAUGGAGGGCCCUACGCCGGCUACAUCUCCUCCCAGCUCAUCUCCCCAACGGCCACGUCCACCCCCACCCUGGUCCAGCGCCCUCACCUGGAGGCCUACAGCAGCGCUGUGGUUUCGCAGGCCUCCAAAGGCGAGCAGCACCACCUGCUGGGCACCCCUCCUCCGCCCCAGUCCACCCACCCAGCGGGCCAGUAUGUCCAGAUGGCCGGCUCCCCCCUGAGCGUCACCUCGGGGACGGUGGCCUCCCCUGCCGGCCACCUGCCCCUGCAUUCGGCCGUCCUGCCCCACACCCUCACCCUCACGCCCUCGCAGGUGGUGCUCCAGUACGCCGACAGCCCCGUCGCCAAGAAGGACGAGGGGCGGACGCGGGAGCUGCUGAACGGGGAGGUGGAGAAGGGCCGGCGCUACGGGCUGCUGCUGGAGGCCAGCCUGCUGAAGCAGAGUGGAGUGGCCAAGGCCCCGCACGGCCAGCCGCAGCAGCACUACGAGGCUCAGCACGUGGUCAUCCCCGCCGACUACACCCAGGACUCCUCCGGGCUCCGGACCUCCCUGAUGCUGGUGCCCAACAGCCACGGUAACAGCGGCGGUGCUGAGCAGGACUGCAGCCCGGAGAAGCCCCCGUCCUCUGCGGCUCAUGGUGGUGCCGCCCUGGGCAAGCCCAUCUCCAGCAAGGCCUCAUCCUUCACCUUCCCCUCCUCCACUUCCUCAGAGGGGCUGAAGACACACAUCGCCUCUCUCUCCCCACACACCGUCAUCCAGACCACUCCCAGUGCUGCUGAGCAGAUCUCCAUGGGCGUCUCUGCCCCCGGCUUCUACCACGCCCCCCAGCCGCCCAUCAUCGGCUACAUUGCGAGCGGAGGGCAGCAGCAGCAGGCAGUCAGUUACCACGCCACCCUGCCCCAGCACCUGCUCAUCCCGAGCGGGCAGCCCCUGCUGGUCCCAGUCAGCAGCAGCAGUGGAGUGGAGCAGGAGCCCUGCCACGCUGCCGUUACCUCCCACCAGCAAAUCGCUGUGUCGGCCUCACACUCCUACGUGGCCACGGCGAUCCCCAAGUGCGAGCUCGUGGGGGUCGCUGAGCAGCAGGCCGCAGGAGCCUACCCGGCUACAGCGGCCCCCGGAGGCCUGGUGCAGGAUCAGCUGCCUGCCCCUGUGGCCCCCGCCCCCUUGCUGCCCCCCUACUUCAUGAAGGGCUCCAUCAUCCAGCUGGCCGACGGGGAGCUGAAGCGGGUGGAGGACCUGAGGACGGAGGACUUCAUCCAGAGCGCGGAGAUCAGCGGCGAGCUGAAGAUCGACUCCAGCACGGUGGAGCGCAUUGAGGGCAGCCCCACGCCCAACUCCGCCAUCAUCCAGUUUGCUGUGGGAGAGCACAGAGUGCAGGUGAGUGUGGAGGUGCUGGUGGAGUAUCCCUUCUUCGUUUUCGGUCAAGGUUGGUCUUCCUGCUGCCCGGACAGGACCACCCAGCUGUUUGAGCUGUCGUGUGCCAAGCUGUCGGUGGGUGAUGUCUGCAUUUCCCUCACCCUGAAGAACCUGAAGAAUGGCUCUCUGAGGAAGAGCCAGUCUCAGGCGGCUGGAGCCCCGCUGAAGCCCCCCAAGGCAGAAGCGCAUCACCGGGACAGGGGGGGUGACUGCAGGGAGCAGGAGAAUGGACUAGGGCAGUGGGCAGGGGGCGUGGAAGGCAGGGUGGGAGGCACCAUCUCUGAGAACGGGGAACUGAAGUCCGGGGAAAAGACUUGCACACCCCAGGCACCAAAAACAGACUCUGGAGGCACUGAUCGACCUUCUGGGCGUAAGAGAAGAUGGUCAGCCCCAGAAGGCCGGCAGGUGGAGAAGUCAGGUGAGGGGCCAUCCCCACCCCUGCCCAAAACCACAUUUAUCCCUCAGGAGGUUAAGAUCUGCAUUGAAGGUAGAUCAAAUAUAGGCAAGUGAACAGUAAAAGGACUUUUUUUGCAAAUGGGGGAAUGAGAGAAACCUGAUUCAGUUACAUUUGUCUUUCUUUUUUUUUUCUUUUUUUUGCCUAUCCAGAUUUCUGUACUGUAGGCUAAAUUUACCACACACGUUCAUGCUAUAAUUUUGCUUUAGGUCUGUGUGGUUCCUACACAUACGGCCUGUUUAAGCUUAAUCCUUGACUAAAUUUAGUUUUGCAUGGAGAAUUUCCAUUCAAAAUUGAAUUUCAGUCUAGCACUAGACUUAAUCUGUGUCUGUGAAACUGGCCCAUAGAGUUUUUACAUUUUUUUACAUUGCACAGGCUAUGGAAAUAGUUCCAGAAUUCUCAAGCAAGUUUGUUUGGGGGACUGCAGUGUAUCAUGCAUACAUACAUAGGCAGGUGCAUUGCUUGACUCCAUUAUGAAAAAUAAGCUGGUCUCCUUCCUUUAUAUCCCAUUUACACACUUCUCAUCCCCUUCCAAGGAUGGGACAGGAACAGACAGUGUGGCACAUCGUUCAAGGUUGCAGGAGACGCAGGAUGUUGAAAGGCUGUGGUCCGGUCCUGUCACUGAGAGAUGGCAGUAGAGUUCAUGUCACAUGACCAGCUCAGUCAUAUCACUGGCGCUGUUUAUUUUCUAGCCCCUUGCAUUCUGACCACACCGCUCCAAGGCAAGGGCAGGACAUCACCGUGGGCUCACUUCCUCAUAGCAUCUGUGCGCUAAGGCUGCAGAAUCUGGAAUGUCAGCACUUUACCUACCGCGUUUGGUGGAAUGGCGGAACCACUCCUGCCAUGCGCCUCCCUACCCCCAACCUCACUGUUUCCAUGGCAAUGGGGGGUGCAAGUGGGAGUUGACAUGAUGUCAGCCAACUCAUGCGUUCUAUCCCUUUUUUAAGAUUUGAGUGUAUUUUUUUGUCAUUUGUUAGUCUCAUAGAUAGCAUUUACCUUUUCAUGGGAUCCUGUCUGAAUUACAGACCAUGUGGAAAGACAGUGGAUACCUUGGAUAAUCUGCUUAUGUCUCAAAGAUAUGUGGUGGCUGCCAGAGACGGAGGACUACCCUGCUGUAAAAUACAGCUAUGCCUGCUUGCCCAGCUUGAAAAUUGAGCUGAUCAAGCUGGUCAUAAGAUAGUCUAGCUGGGUAUGAGCAAGUCAACCAGUUAGUGCUGGUCAACCAGCUACCAGCUGUUACAAACAUAGUUUGAGCUGUUCAAAACCUAGCUUCAGCUGGUUUUUCAGCAAGGUGCAUCCGCCUCAGUAGCAGAGUGCAGGCUGUGGGGGGAGAGUGAGGCCUCAUCAGGCUCAUAAUGGAUCUAACUGCCACACGCUUUCAUUGAUUGACUUACACAACAGAAUCAACACAUUUUUUGCUCAAUGUCAAAGCACUUUGAUUUGUUCAAGUCAGUGAGUCUGACUGCCUCACUCUCCCAUUGCUAAGAGCAGGGCACCCAGAACUGGCCUCUGGGCCUUAUUGCUGCUGCACUAUGCUCAUUAUACAGACACGUCUCAGUUCACUGUGGGUGGCAGCCAAAGGCUCAAACCUACAGCCAGGGGUGGUUCUGCGAAAAAUGAUCUGUAGUUAAUCUAACAAGUAUUAAUGAACACAUACUGUAUAUUCUGUUUUUUGUAAACCUGUUUGAAAAGCAAAGCAAUCACUUGUGUGCAAAGCAGCCACAAGAAAGUGUUUUGUGAAACAAACCAAGCACUGCAAAGUUGGUGAUCCUUGAACAACUUUUAAAAGCUUGGCAAUGUCCAACCAAACACUUUCCCUGGGUUUCUGGGUGCCUUUUCAGUGAUUACAGAAUCCACUGCUGAACUGCUGAUGUGUCUGUGGACAGCCCCAGUGAUGGUGGAGUCAGAAGGUCACUUUAAAGGGAAACGGUGCUGAUCAGAGAGGGGAUGGAGGAUCUCUACCCACAGCACGAUGUUUACAUUAUUUUUGUUAUAGAACUGAGGCUUUGCCUGUAUAAACACACUGUCUCUCUGUCAGAUAUUUUACAUUCAAAGCACAUUUACUUUUAUAUGUCAUGCUCCCAUUAUGUGAGGUUUAUACACUAUUUGGGUGGUAUUUAACCUCUAGCCACAAAUUUACUUUAAUUAGCAGAUUUCCUCCAGGCCCCUUCCUGUGGAUGCGGAAAUAUGAAUCAUUUUCACUACUGCUGUCUGGCCUUAGAGGCAUCUCUGUAGCACAAUGCAUUUUUAUGUUUUUCCCCAUUUCAGUAGCUGGACAUUUUAAGACUCUUUCUCAUGGGAAAGAUGGUGCGGAGAAAAUGGAAUACAUUUUUUUGAAAUACAACCUGUUGGUAGAUAACCCAAGAAGAUUGAAUGAUUUCAAAUCUUAUAUGUCCAAACUGUUCUUUUUUAGCUAAUGUCAGCAGCCCAAAAGUGCAAUGUACAAUCACAAUGUGCUGGCAGGGAAAGGGGUUUUUGUCUGAGAAAGCAAGUGUGAUAAUGAACCAAGCUGAGAUUCUUAAUCUCUCGUAUUUUAUCUAGAAAUGGAAUUAUCACUUGUCCACUCCGUCAUGAGUGCAGGAGCACUAUGUAUGGACAAGUUAGGUGAGACAUAUCCAGCUUGUCAUAUAGUUUAAAGUGUCUAAUUAGAGAGACCCCUUGAAUGAUACCACCCUGUUUCAAUGUUCAUCACAGCUGAAGGUGCAGGCCACAGGCCAGUCCCUGACCAGACAAUCAGUGCAGGCAUAUGAUGUCAUCAAACGGCAGCAGUCAUCCCUGAAGAUGAAGAGGGCUUUUAUUUAUUUUUUAUUUCUUUCCUUUUUUAACUACUAUGUUACAAGAGAAUUGUGGAGUAUGUUUUUAGCUCCAAUAAUUCUAUUUUCUUGUUAUUGUGUUGCCUGUUUGUUUCUACUUGGUUUAACCCGCUUAUAAUCUUUACAGUGUUUUUGUGGGGUAUUUGACAGGAAGGUUUAAAUAAGAAUAUCCUCACUUUGAACAUCAUGGGAAUAUAGAUAUGUGAAAAAAGUCUCAGACUCUGAAAUUAUUAUUUGGUAACUGAAAUUGUUCCUUUAUCAAUGUUCAAGGUUCUACCCACAAACAUGUGAGAGGUGUCCGUCACCUGCAUCUAUGCAUUGUCAUAUAUAUAUGUAUGUGUAUGCUUGUGCACAUACACAUAUGUAUUUAUGAUACAUGCAUGAUUUGUGCAUGCAUAUUGUUUUCUGCAGUACGCAUUCACAAAUGCACGUGUGCACAUACUCACAUGCACACUUUUUCCAUGAAACACUGAAAUGACCUGCUUGUGUUUUGUGCGUGAAAACAAUACUUAGUGAUUUCCAUGUUCUGUACUGUAGUGUGUGCAUAUUUGUGUAUAUACUGUUUUGUACAGUAUACACACAGUAUAUACGUAUAUAAUGAAAAAUUCAGUGUUUUCUGUUUAACGUUAUACUUUAAGAAUCUUGCAAUUUGCACAGCUGGAGAGUUUGAGAUAUUUUUGGGGGGGCUUGGGGGUACAACGAAUGUUGGGAAUUCAUUUACCUAAAUGUAGCAGUGACCAGUACUUUACAAUGCCAAGAUCUUCCCACAAGCCCUGCAAGUGGGUCUUCUCUUCUCUUAUUAUCAUGUAGGAAAGGAACAGGAAGAAUCAUGCACACAUCAUUUCCUAGCUCUCUGAUUGGCCUCAGAGGCCUGCCAGUCAAGAGAGAGGCGUGUUCACAGCACAGUGAGCCACGUUUGCAAUUAAUCAAGUGCAUGGUUGAGUACACCAAUGCAGAUUUUAAAUGCUUUAUUUUUGCAGUGAAACAGGGUCUCUUGGAUUAAUAAUGCAACAUGCAUUUUAUUCAUAUUGUCUUUGAGGGAUUGGUGUUAGGGAGACCUUCCGGAUAGAGUGGUUCUGUUUGCUCACAGAAUUUACACAUCAUCUAAAAUCCCAGUUGUGUAUAGUUGCAGUCAUAUCAUGAUCCACAACAACAAUGCUGUCAGUGUGUGUAACCUUCAGGGAAUACUUUACAGGAAGAUUGUGAGGUUUAUUGGUUUAGGGUUUUUUAAUGUGUAGAAGUUAUUUAACAAGUGUGCUAAUCCAUUCUACCAGCACAAAACAAAAAAUGUGAGUGGGACUCUUAUUGUGUUUAGUGUUUUCAUCAUUGAAUGAAUUAACUCAACCAAAAGAGUACCCCCUCCCAAAUCACUUUAAGCAGAAAUGAACAGAGACAGGAUACUGUUUAUUUUGUUUGACUGUUUUGUUUUACAGUUGCAUGGCCUACCAUUUAGAAACUUCAGGGAACUUUAACAAUAACACUCUUACAACACAAUAUGCAGUGAAAGUCUCUUGGUAUUUUAUUUUAAUACGACUUGUGUGUGUCCAACCCCACUUCACAUAAUGACCUCAUCAGCCCUUUAUGACUACAAUGCUUGACCAGCCUGAUUUCCCCAGUUCUGGAACUUUCUAUACCACACCAUUGUUUAAUUGUGUUGAUUCUGAUCAACUCACCUUGAUUUGGUUUUCUGUUUUUUUUUUUCUUCCUCCAAGUCGAGGCCUGGUAGUGGGAUGCUUUGGAAAUGACGUAUGAGGUAGCAAGGCCAUCUAUAUCUUGGCAUCAGGUCAGCCAUUUGGUUUUUUGUUUGUUUGUGCAAUACCAAUAAUUUUUCUCUCCCAUUGUGCCAACUCGGAGUGGUGAGUGAGUCAUUACCCUCUGCCUGCCCCCCAUCCCUUAACCCACCCCUGUUAUUCUAUUGUCCUGUGUUUUGGACAUUUCUCUUUUACAGUCUUUUGCCUCGAACUGGAGAAUAUGCAGACAGGGAGUGAACCAUACCUGGUUAUCCACGUGCCUCUUUUACCACGUGCAGCUUGCAAUACAUCAUCCAAUCACUGCAUCACACUGUUAUGAUCCUAAAACAUGCCAUUUUCAGUCUUCACAUCAGGGUACGUUCCUGAGAAUUUUUUCUUUUUAGUUAUUGUCAGAAUAAAGACAGUGGAAAUGAAAGGAAGAUGGAACAGUCCAUGAAAAGCAAUGUUCUUAGAAAUAUAUAUUUAUUUGUUUUUGCAGAAUAGUUCCAUGCCGUAGGGAGCUGACAAUGAUGUCACCUGCCAAAGUGUACGCAACAAUAUAUGAUCAACAAUGUUCUGUCUCCCAAGUAAGAGUCUGAUAGCGGUAUGUGUGACAGAAAGCAGUCUGUGGAAUCCCUUAGCAGGCUGCCACUGACCAUGGAUGCCUUACUGAGUGCAUCUGGUGUCUUCUAUUCUUAGCACCUUAGCAUACCCCCAUCUUUGUUUUUGAUGGUCAGCAUUUCCAGUGUGAAAUGUUUUGAAACAAUAUUGAGGAAAUAUUUCCUUUAGGUCACAGGACAGAAGCAACUGCAUGUGACAUCAUCCCUCACUCCCCACUGAAGGCCAAAAAUCUUAGAUUUUACUCAGGGAAGGGGCUGGUGUGUGUGUGUGUGUGUGUGUGUGUCUACGCAUUUGUGUGUGUG